AUGUCUGGACGUGGAAAGGGAGGUAAAGUCAAGGGAAAGGAAAAGUCCCGUUCGAGCCGCGCUGGAUUGCAGUUUCCAGUCGGUCGUAGUCACCGUCUACUCCGAAAGGGCAACUAUGCCGAGCGUUUGGCCAUCCGCAACGACGAAGAGCUGAACAAACUUCUUUCCGGAGUGACCAUCGCUCAGGGUGGUGUCCUGCCAAACAUCCAGGCCGUCCUGUUGCCCAAGAAGACCGAAAAGAAGGCCUAAAUUCGAUCGAAGUUCC